GCAGCUCCAAAUGUAUUUGAGCUGCGUUCAAUAAAAAAAAACGCAGCUCCAAAUGUAUUUGAGCUGCGUUCAAUAAAACGCAGCUCCACAUAUGGUACUAAUUAAAUUUCAACACUAUUGAAAUUUCCCAAUCCCUAAUCUCAGCUCUCACUAUCUCAGCUCAACCUCCCAAUCCAUUCUCGCCGCCGUGCUCUCAACCCACUACCCACAAACCUCACGCCUCCUCCCUCAUCAAAACCCGAAAAAUUUGCUGACUGAAGAGACCCAAGCUCUUCACAUGGCCAUGAAACCUAAAACCCACAACGGAAAUGGCAACUCCAGCGACAACAACAGCUCUUCGAUGUCGGCGGCUACCUCAUCGUUCGCCCCAACGGCAGCUGUAUCAGACCGAUGCCCUUUUUGUUCUGCUUCUUUACCUUACUUGCACUCAAGAUUUUUACAGCAGAGCAGGUUUGAUGUGUAUCUAACUUUUCUGCACAGGCUUUUCCCCACAUAGAUCUUUCCUGUUCAUGAACUUUGUUGCUAUUAAUGAAGUGGAAUCAGAAACAUCCUCUUUAAUAUAAUUUUCUUUUCCCCACUUGAAGUUUCCUACUCAAUUCAUCUCUUUGCACCCAAACCCAUCUCUCUCUCUCUCUCUCUGAGUAAGCAACAAUGUUACCCACCACACUCUCUUCUCCUCACUCCACCAAUGUCACUCCCACUCCCUCUGUCUCUCCUCUCUCCUUCUUCUUCUUCUUCUUCCUUUCUUUCUCUCCCACCAUCUUCUUCUACCCAACGUCGUCGUCGUCUCAACUCUUUAUGCGUAUUUGGCGACACCCAUUUGACGAUAAGCCCAAAACCCAAGGGACUGAAGGUGAGGUGUUUGGUGAGUGAGCCUUUGAAGGUGAUGAUAUCAGGUGCACCAGCAUCGGGCAAAGGGACUCAGUGUGAGUUGAUAGUCCAGAAGGUUCAGGCACCUAUUGUGUGUGGUAUAUGUUCCCUUGGGUAUGAUCACGUGGAGAUUCUUGGACAUACUCUGAGACAAAUUGCUGGGGAGAAGGCUGGCAUCUUCAAGCAUGGGGUUCCAGCUUUUACUGUGUCUCAACCUGAUGAAGCAAUGAGUGUUCUUCAAGAAAAGGCUUCUCAAUUGGGUCAACUCAAGCCUGAGAUCAUGGUUGAGUGUUUAACUUCUGAUUUUCGGGGGGACUUGAAGGCUGUAGACGCUCUGGUACACUUAGGAUUGGAUGUGUUUGCCCACAACAUUGAGACUGUGAAACGGCUCCUGAGAAUUGUUAGAGAUCCUAGGGCUGGGUAUGCACAAAGCUUGUCAGUUUUAAGACAUGCAAAAAUCAACAAGGAGGGCAUGAUAACAAAAUCUUCUAUAAUGUUGGGCCUUGGAGAAUCUGAUGAUGAGUUGAAAGAAGCUAUGGCUGAUUUAAGGGCUAUUGAUGUUGAUAUUUUGACUCUUGGACAGUAUUUACAGCCAACUCCACUACACCUGACUAUCAAAGAAUAUGUCACCCCUGAAAAGUUUGCUUUCUGGAAGGAAUACGAGGAGUCCAUUGGAUUUCGUUAUGUAGCCAGUGGGACCACUGGUCCGAUCCUCAUAUAGAGCUGGUGAGCUUUUAGAGAUAAGGCUACCAACACUGCUGGCACAUCCUAUUGAUUUUUGGCUAUUGUGGACUUUCCAGUGGAUGGCUCAUGGCUGACAAGUUGACCACAAAUUGGUAAAUGAGAGCAGUAUGUAUUGGGGCAAAUGACUGUAAUGGUUGUCCUAAUUUAUUAUAAAGUAUAAAUUUUCCGGAUCUAGUAAAAAAUAUCUUCAUUUCUUUGAGGAUUUUAUGUUUUAUUUUAUUUUCAUUGUUUUGUUUUGCUGGUAAUUGGUUGGGAAUUGUUGAGUGUAGGCAAUUUGUUUUGUUGGUUCCAA